AUGUCACCACUUAUUUUAUUCAUUCUUCUUUCUCAAACAUUUCUGAGCCAAGGCGCAAUACUUAAUUGUGAUUUUGAAACAGAUUGUAAAGAUUUUUAUUUGUAUGAUUUGGCUAAAACAGAUGGUUACAAUCCCCAACCUAUCGAUCAUGAUCAUACAUUAAAUAUAAAAGCUGGCCAUUAUAUUUACUAUACUGGAACUGCCCCAAGAGGACUCCAAAUUCAAGCUUACAAUUGGUUAGAGCCUUCAACUGAUCGACCGUUAUGUUUUCGAAUGUGGUAUUAUUCUUCUCGAAUAGAACAUCUGUUCAGUGUUCAAACUGCCCAAGGUGAAGGACAAGAAUUGAUGCGUACACUCGCUUCAGUUUUAGAUAAGAAUGCUUCAACUGUUGAUUGGACAUUAAUCGAUGUAAAAUUACCAAAUGAAAAAAUCAAAAUAAACGUUAAAACAUAUAUAACACAGCUACAUUUAACAUUUGACGAUAUUUCUGUGGAUUAUUGUGAUGGUCAACUGCCUCCACCUCCGAAAGUUUUAUAUACGUGUGAUUUUGAAUCAUCUUGCUCAAACGAUUUUGUUACAUUACCGAUAUAUGAAUAUCAAUGGUUAAUAUCAACUGCAACUAACGCUCGUAGAAUCGAAUGGUCUGCUCCAACUGCUGAUUAUACAUUUGGAAAUAGUUCAGGACAUUAUGCAUUUGUGCCCGUUUCCAAUAUAGUCGGUAAUGGUAAAGUUGGCUAUAUACAUUUAAAAAAACAAUUCCAAAUAACAUCUGAAGAAUCGUACUGUUUGAAUUUUCAAUAUUAUGUUUAUCCAACAACAAGUUAUGCCAGUCAUUUGAGAAUUUAUUCAUGGGCUUCAGAUGAAUCGAAAGCAAUUAAAGUUUUAUGGCCUAAAGCCGAAUCAGCAUAUCACAUAACUGGCGGUCGAUGGGGUUGGGGUAUUAUUAAUUUACCAGUUGGUAACUAUUCACUUCUGUUUCGUGUGGAUACUUCUAUUUGGAAAGACUCGUUCGCUCUCGAUAAUAUUGAUAUUAUUUCGUGUGAUUAUCCUCCUUCAUUUACUCCAUACGAUUCUCUUCUUUCUUUCUCAUGCAAUUUUGAUACUUUGACAAUGUGUGAGAUGAUGAAUGAUAAGAAUUCGACACUUAAUUUUACAACAUCUACUGGUGAUACAAUACCUGAUCAAGAACUUGGUCCAGCUCGAGAUCAUACACAUAAUUCAACAUCUGCUGGUUUUCUCUACUGGAAUCAAAAUUUGUCAGCAGUCAGUGCAAAUGAUAGAGGUCGUGUAUAUCUGUCAAAAAAAAUUCUGCAGAAUACUGUAAUUCGUCUAUCCAGUGAUGAAAGUUCUAGUACCGUAUUAUGGUAUCAAGUAUUAAGUGAUAGUCAAGGAUGGCAGAUAGCUUUGGUACCUUUAACCAACAUUACUAGUGCAAUAACAUACUCUUUUGAAGUUUACCGACUCGAACCAACAUUGACAGCUGUUGCUUUCGAUGAUAUUGAAAUUGACCAAUGUAGUUCUGUCAUACCAACUACUACAAGUACAUUAACGACACUUACAAGCACAUCGACAACUACCACUCCUACUACCACUACUACAUACACAUCAACAAUUAUUAUAACUACAACAACAACUACUACUACGACUACAACACUUCACAACAAUGCUCCUCAGCUAUUUCCUUUAAAUACACGUAGUUUGAUAAUUUAUUUUUUUCUUGUUCAAAUCUUUCGACAUUUCUAUUAA